UAGAACGAUUCGAUUUUCUGAAUCAUUCAUAUUCAUUCGGCAAAAAGUGUGUGUUUUCCGAGUUAAAUUCAAACAAUUUUUUAUAAUUCUUUUUGUGUGAAAUAGUACGCUUUAAUUGUGAAUAAUUGCUUAGUGCCAGUAAACAAUAUAAAUUGGUGAAUUACGUAUAUAAAUUUCUUAAAAGUUGAAGCAAAUACAGCCGUAAAAAUGUCUGAAGCUAAAAUGAAAGAGUUACGCAGUGAUAUUGAUGAGCUGAAUGAGCUACUAAAACAGGCUAAAAGAAAGAGGGCUCAAGAUUUGUUGUCCUUAGAAAUUAGGAAAUUGGAAACGGAAUGGAUAAAUUUGAAGGAAAGUGCACAAUCUUCGCAAGCUGGAAGCUCGCCGGCACCGUCCACCGCUGCGGCUUCACAACCUAAGAGAUACCAAAUUAAACUGAAUGGAUAUGGUUGGGAUCAGUCUGAUAAGUACAUAAAAGUUUUUGUCACACUAAAGGAUGUUCAGUCUCUGCCCAAGGAACAAGUUUACUGUAAGCUGACAGACAAAUCUAUGGAGUUACAUGUUGAAAACUUGGACAAUAAAGACUACCUCCUUGUUAUCAACAAACUAUUGGACACCAUCAAUGUUGAAGAGAGCCAUUGGAAACAGAAAACAGAUAUGGUAGUCAUAUUCCUGGCUAAGGCGCGCCCCAACAUCAAAUGGUCCCACAUGACAGAGCUUGAGAAGAAGUUUGAAGACCAGCGCAACAGUAAACUUAAGCCCGCCACCCCUGACAUGGACAAAUCUGAUCCACAGGAAUCUAUUAUGAGCCUUAUGAAGAAUAUGUAUGAGACUGGUGAUGAUGAAAUGAAGAGAAUGAUUUCAAAGGCUUGGUAUGAAGGGCAGCAUAAGAAGAAAUCAGAUACUCUAGAUCUGUAGAAUAAUGUAUAAGCUUGCAAAUAGAGUAAAUAUGUGAAGUAAGAAUAAAUGGAAUCAGAUUUAAUA